AUGCUGCGAGAGGCCAAGGGGAGCGCCGCCAUCCGCAGCUCGGCGGGCACCGCCACGUUGCAGGCUAUGCGGGCCGCCACCCUCACUGAGGUCGCAAGCAGCGACGGCGGACGCGAGGCAUUGGAGGCCGCGCGGCCCGCGGUGCAGCCGAAGGAUGCGUUGGGCGGCGCAGGCAGCGUGCCGCCGGCCGCGGCGCCGCAAGUCAAGUAG